AUGCAGAACUCUAGCGAUUCGAAUGCAAUAUCACAGGAUGAAUUAUCUGCGACUACGCCUCAAUCGGCAGGCUCUCAUUCACAUGCUGGUACGCCUGUGUCAAUAAAGUCAUCGUCCAAUAAUGCCGAUUUACAAUCAAAUAGUACAAGGCCAGUAUCCACAUCUACGAAUCUGCUUGAGCGACCUGAAAUAAAGAAGGUCAUGGAUUCCGAUGUAGCAAUAAAUGCCUUACUUACCAGAUUGAAACAAUCGUUAUUAACAUGUGAAGAGUUCACAAAAUUUAUUAGGAAGAAAUAUAUCUACGAAGAAGAGCAUACUGAAGAACUUUCCAAACAAUAUAAACAUUUUUUUAAUACUGUCACUCCCAGCUCAAAUUCCUCUUUGAAAAAAAUGAUUCAUGAAGUGCUAACUUUUGAUGGGAAAUUGGGUAGUGUCAAAGAAAGUUACGUUAAGGCCCUUCAGAAGAUGUAUGAUGAAUUAAGUGCAUUGUUAUUAACUAUGACAAAGAUGAGGAAAUCUGUAAAGGAGCAUAGUAGGCGUCUCGAGAAGGAUGUUUCUGAAGCCAUCCAUACUGCAGAAAAGGCUCAAAAUAGAUAUAAUUCCUUAUGCCAAGACUGGGAUAAAUUGCGAAUGACUGAUCCAACCAAGACCAAGCUAACAUUAAGGGGUUCUAAAACAACUAGGGAGCAAGAGGAGGAAUUAUUAAGAAAGAUAGAUAGCGCUGACUUAGAUUACAAGCAAAGAGUAGAUCAUUCUACCUCAUUAAGAAAUACUUUCAUUACGAGAGAACGACCAAAAAUUGUUGCUCAAUUGAAAGAUUUAAUAUUGGAAAUUGAUACUGCAAUGACUAUUCAACUGCAAAAGUAUACCAUUUGGACAGAAAAUUUGAUUUUGAACAGUGGUGUUACUAUAAGUCCACUCGACUCCAAUAAAUCCAUGAAGGUUGUUGCUUCUUCAGUUAAGAAUGAGAAGGAUCUAUAUGAUUUUUUGAAUAAAUACAAUCACACUGGGAAAAAUAACUCGUUGUUAAUAAACAAAAAUUUAAUUCCUGUGAGUUAUAAAAAGUAUCCAUCGAUGAAUAAAGGUAAAAAUGGAAAUUCAAACAAAAAUCCUCCAAAAUUUGCUGUGGACCCAUCAAGAAACUCAAUUCCUAAAAGAAUAAUAUCAACCCAUAAUGAUUCCCCUUUCAGCACCACAACAUCACCUGCAUUAGCCACCAGCCAGAUAGCAUCAUCUGUGAUAAAAGAUACACCACCAACCUCGUUCAGAUCACUGAACACAUCUGCUCCAAGCUCUGCUGUAUCAUCACCAGUACCAAAUAGUUCGUCAAGAAACUUCCAACAGCAAAGGAAUCAGCCAUUACCAAUGCCACCGGCAACACAAAACAGCUCGAAACCAGGCGCGACGGCCGAUAACACAUCUGGAUUUGCCUCUUUAGACCCUGGCAACCAUGCAACACGUUUCCCCAGCCUGUCCACCACGGUGACACAAUCUACAGGAGAUUCUAGUAGGCCAGUCUCACAUAUCCAAUCUACGUCUACAAUGCCACCAGGAGUCUCAAAUAAUUUCAAAACAUUUGGUGUUCCUCUGGAAGUAUUGAUUGAAUACGAGCAAGAUAUGGUUCCAGCGAUUGUUCGUCAGUGUAUCUACGUUAUAGAUACCUAUGGGUUAGAAUUGGAAGGAAUCUACCGAAAAUCAGCAAAUGUGUUGGAUGUGAGUAAAUUGAAAGAAGAGAUAGAUAAAGAUCCCUCGAAUGUAUCAAUGAUUUUGCCUCCUAAAAACUAUUCUGAAUCUGAUAUCUACUUGGUUGGUUCAUUACUCAAGUCAUUCUUUGCUUCUCUUCCUGACUGUUUGUUACCGACAUCGAUAAGUGAUGAGGUUAAAACAUGCGUCUCAAUCGAAGACCCAAAGACAAGAAAAAAUUAUAUGCAUGGUCUAAUUUAUAAACUACCAGACGCUCAAUAUUGGACUUUAAGAGCCCUUUUAUUCCACUUGAAAAGAAUAUUGGCAAACGAAGAGAAGAAUAGAAUGAAUUUGAAAGCCCUAUGUAUUAUUUGGGGACCCACUAUAAUAGCGGCAAGCAAUGAUGAUAUGAACGAUGUCAACUAUCAAAUAUUGGCAAUGGAAACUUUAUUAGACGUAGCUGACCAAGCAUUUGAACCUGAGUGA